UCGCCGCGCCGUUCAGAUCUAACAUAUAUAAUUCAGUUCGUUUCCUUACAGCUUGUUUAUUUAAUUUCAAGUGCUACAAAAUGGUUUCCAAAGUGGGGCGUGUUCUGGCUGUGGCCAUUCUGGCCGCCCUGGCCUGCACGGGCUAUGCCAUCAAGUGCUAUCAGUGCGAAUCUGUCAGCAGUCCCAAGUGUGGCGAGAAGUUUGAGGCUGAUGACAGCCUGCUUUUGGACUGUGCCCGCAUUGCCCCGCCGCGUUUCCUGCAGACCUUCUUACCCGUACGCAAUGCCACCGGCUGCAUGAAGAAGACCAUCGAUGGCGUGCCCGGCCAUCCGCAGGUCGUGCGCAGCUGUUACUUUGGAGACGUAACCAACAUCCAGACUGGCUGUCAGUCGGAUCCCUCCAUGCCCUUCGUCAAGCAGCUCAGCUGUGAUGUGUGCACCAAGGAUGAGUGCAACGGCUCCGCCUCCCUCACCCCCAUUGCUGGAGCUAUCCUGCUGUUCUUCGGCGUGGCCCGCUUGUUGGCCUAAAUUUAACUGGAGUAUUCAGCUUCCAAUCCCAAUCGGAAACUGGAACAUUAAACAUGUGUCUUAUGUAUUAUCAAAAUUUUGUAUAUCAUUAUUGAAGUUUUAAGUAAAAUCAAAAAGAGAAACGUAUUUUAAAGUGGAUUAAAACAGCUUUUAUA